AGAUGCUGGAUGGACACGUCCUGCUGGGAUGGCUCUCCUCCUGCGCGCUUCUAGGGCUGCUAGCCUGCACCCCGCGGCCCUCCGCCGCCUACUUCGGGCUGACGGGCAACGAACCCCUGACCAUCCUCCCUCUGACCUCAGAAAUGGAGGAAGCCGCCGUCAAAGCCCACUACAAAGUCUGUGACCGCCUGAAGCUGGAGAAGAAGCAGCGCAGGAUGUGCCGGCGGGACCCCGGCGUGGCAGAGACCCUGAUGGAGGCCAUCAGCAUGAGUGCACUGGAGUGCCAGUACCAGUUUCGCUUUGAGCGUUGGAAUUGCACCCUGGAGGGCCGCUACCGGGCCAGCUUGCUAAAGAGAGGUUUCAAGGAGACGGCCUUCCUCUACGCCAUUUCCUCUGCAGGGCUGACACACGCUAUGGCCAAAGCGUGCAGCGCGGGCCGGAUGGAGCGCUGCACCUGCGACGAGGCUCCUGACCUGGAGAACCGCGAGGCUUGGCAGUGGGGUGGCUGCGGUGACAACCUGAAAUACAGCAACAAGUUUGUCAAGGAGUUCUUGGGGAGGAAGCCCAACAAGGACCUGAGAGCCAGGGUGGAUUUCCACAAUAACCUCGUGGGCAUGAAGGUCAUCAAAGCUGGUGUGGAGACAACCUGUAAGUGCCACGGUGUGUCUGGGUCCUGCACUGUCCGAACGUGCUGGAGGCAGCUCUCUCCAUUCCACGAAAUAGGGAAGCAGCUGAAGCAGAAGUACGAGACGUCGCUCAAAGUGGGCAGCACUACCAACGAGGCCACGGGGGAAGGAGACAUUUCCCCACCCAAGAAAUCCAUCCCCGGUCACAGUGAUCAAAUCCCAAGGACUACGGAUCUUGUCUACAUUGACGAUUCCCCAAGCUUUUGUCUGAUGAGCAGAUACUCGCCCGGGACUUCGGGAAGGAAAUGUUACAAAGACAAGAACUGUGACAGCAUCUGCUGUGGGCGAGGGCACAAUACGCAGAGCCGGGUGGUCACUCGGCCGUGCCAGUGCCAGGUCCGUUGGUGCUGCUACGUGGAAUGCAAGCAAUGCACCCAGAGAGAGGAGGUUUACACCUGUAAAGACUGACACAUCUUCUGCCCGAUGGCGACCCUCGGCGGCGGGCGAUCACGAUCUAUGAGAACUACAUAUGGAGACAAACAGGGUUUGAUUGACCUUCUGGGAUCUGAAAGCUAUGUUGAGACAUAAGCACUUUGUAGGG